AUGGAGUGGAAUCCUAGUCGAUUCUUCCGUCCUUCAGGGAGUCCUUCGCCCUAUGCUCUUCUCAUCCUCAAUCAGCCAAUCAAUGAGAAAGCCUUUGGAGUGUUGAGCAGAUAUGCAUCUUACAUUAUUUGCGCCGAUGGUGGCGCCAAUCGGCUCUUUGAUAUGCCGGGAGUUAGGGAAGAAUCUAAAGAACUUCCCGAUUCCAUUGUCGGUGACCUAGAUUCUAUCCGCCCCGCAGUUCGAGAACAUUAUGAGAAACUCGGAGUCUCCGUCCUCCAAGAUCCAGACCAAUAUUCAACAGACUUCACAAAAUGUCUGAAAUAUCUCAACGCACAUGCCGCAGAGAUCAUAGCUUCUCCCCGAAAAGGAAAACCAACCACCAAUGGCGCAAAUGGAAACACAUCAACCACACCAUCUGAUCAUUCACCACUGGAAAUCGUAAUUCUCGGUGGUCUAGGCGGCCGUGUGGAUCAAGCAUUCUCCCAAGUUCACCAUUUGUACAUGAUGACGCAAACGCAGCGAUCAAUCCGUGAAAAUGAAACCAACACAAGCCCUGAUGUCAAUCCAGCUGCGGGUGGUAACCUCUAUCUCGUCUCCGAGGAAAGCAUUACGUUCAUUAUCCAAACAGGAAAGAAUACAAUCCACACACCCGCAACAAGACGAGCAGAUAUCGCGACAGCAUCGACAUCUGAUAUAAGCGAGUCACCGAAGAAACGGAAGCGUGAGCAAGAACAAGAGAAAGAACCAGAACCAGAACCAGAAUAUUUCUUUGAAGAAAAUAUCGGCAUCAUUCCCCUCUCAGCACCUGCCAAGAUUACAACCCAUGGCUUUGAAUGGGAUGUGGAGAACUGGCAUACCGAGAUUGGAGGACAGCUAUCUACGAGCAAUCAUAUCCGCGCGGACAAGGUAGAGAUUGAGACCUCUGUACCGGUUUUGUUCACAGUGGAGUUGGCGGAGAGAUUGAAGAGGUGA